AUGCCUCCUAAAGCUAAUUGGGAAAAAUACGAGAAGAGGAUUGACGAUAAGGAUGACGAGAAAAUAGUUGCACUCGAUGAUAGUGAUAUCCAAAUCUUGAAAACAUACGGACAAGGCCCAUACGCGCGCCAGCUCAAAACCAUUGAGUCUGACUUGAAAGACAUUCAGAAGCGUAUAAACGAAAAACUUGGUGUAAAGGAAUCCGACACUGGUCUUGCAUCACCGAAUCUUUGGGAUUUAGCAGCGGACAGGCAAAGAAUGGGCGAAGAACAUGCUUUACAGGUUGCGCGGUGUACAAAAAUAAUACCCGUCGAUCCUAAAGCUGCUGAAGCAGCAAGGGCACUAAACCCGUUGGGAGCAGCUCAAGGACAGAAAGGUGCCGACGAGCAGGACAAGUAUGUUAUCAACAUUCGACAAAUAGCGAAAUUCGUGGUGGGCCUUGGUGAUCGUGUCGCCCCUACGGAUAUUGAGGAGGGCAUGCGGGUCGGGGUUGACCGGAAUAAAUAUCAGAUUCAGAUACCCUUACCUCCCAAGAUCGAUGCUUCAGUAACCAUGAUGCAGGUCGAAGAAAAGCCAGAUGUCACUUAUUCAGAUGUAGGCGGUUGUAAAGAACAGAUUGAGAAGCUGAGAGAAGUCGUUGAGACACCUCUACUAUCUCCUGAAAGAUACGUGAAUCUAGGUAUCGACCCUCCCAAAGGAGUCUUGUUGUUUGGUCCACCAGGAACGGGCAAGACACUCUGCGCACGAGCUGUUGCGAAUCGUACAGAUGCUACUUUCAUUCGAGUUAUUGGGUCUGAAUUGGUUCAGAAGUAUGUCGGUGAAGGUGCUCGUAUGGUCAGAGAACUGUUUGAAAUGGCUAGGAGUAAGAAGGCGUGUAUCAUCUUCUUUGAUGAAAUCGAUGCAAUUGGUGGUGCACGUUUUGACGAUGGCGCUGGUGGCGAUAAUGAAGUGCAGCGGACAAUGUUGGAGCUGAUCAACCAGCUGGACGGUUUCGAUCCUAGAGGUAACAUCAAAGUGCUCAUGGCCACUAACCGACCCGACACAUUGGACCCAGCCCUUUUACGUCCCGGACGGUUGGAUCGUCGAGUAGAAUUUUCGUUGCCAGAUAACGAAGGACGAGCCCAUAUUCUCCGGAUCCAUGCCAGAAGUAUGAGCGUAGAGAGAGAUAUUCGGUUUGACCUCAUAGCCCGUCUAUGUCCCAACACAACGGGAGCAGAACUACGUUCAGUUGCGACGGAGGCUGGUAUGUUUGCUAUUCGAGCUCGACGGAAGGUCGCCUCUGAACGGGACUUCUUGGAUGCUGUCGAGAAGGUUGUCAGGCAAGGAACGAAAUUCUCUAGCACACCGUUAUACCAAGUGUACAAUUAG